CACUUUGCUUGAGUUGGUUUUUUAGCUUCACUUUCUCUCUCUGGAGACUCAUAAUCCAGAAACAGUUGUCUGAAACAGUUGCAACUUUUUAAAAAUUUUGUGUUUUUCUUUUCUUUUUUUCUCAGUACAGUACAUUAGUUUUGUCUUCCACAUUCGCAGCCAGUUUCUUGAGUGUUUCUUUUGUUAUCAUUCCAUAGAACUUCAGUUUUCUUCUUGGUGGUGCGCUAGAGUUGAAGUGUAAACAGUUGCUUCACUUCACUUGCUUGAGGUUGAUGUGGGUUUGGUUUCUUGGAUCCAUUUCUGAUUCAUUGUGGCAUACAAAUCGCUCAGAAAACAUUUUACUGUAAUAUCAGUUAUCUGGAGGCAGAAUAUGGGAAUCAACUUUGUUGGCAAGUAGAGGCUUUCAUUUUGGCAGAAGAUGGAGAAUAGAUUGGACAAUUCCCGGAAAGAUGGCCAGGGGAAGGAAGAUUCAUUGGAUGGCUUGAGCAAGGAUAUUGAAUUAUCUGGGGACAACGGGUUGGAUUGUGCAGAACUUAAAACAAGAAGGUUAGUGAGAAGGGUAAAUACUCAGCGUAGUCUGAUAUUAAAUGUGAAGAAAUUGUUGACAAGUAAAAGUUUUCUAAAGAAUUCAUUCCUUCGGAGUAAUCAUGGCUUAGAUACUAAGAUUCCAAAGCAUAUGGUUACUCUAGAUGAGAGAUAUCUUCGUCGAUGUCUUGAAUUGAUUCAUGCUGGUGCAUCAAAAGCAGCUCAGUGCAACAUUUCUGUGAAUAUGAGCUCAGCAAAUAUGGGCAUCUUGUGGGAUGACAUGAAACCAGCUAAAAUGAGUAAUGAAAAUCCAUGUGAUAUGGGUAGGUUUGUUUUUGAAUGUCCAUUGGCAACUGGGACAGGGAGUGUGGUCAUUAGUCCUGGAGGACAGUGGAUUGUGGGUUCAAUUAUGGGUAGCAAGAGUAUGAUAAAUAUAUUGAAGAGCCCUUUGUUAAGCAAAUUCGGUGCAUUAGAUGGUGAUGGUAAUUUCAGAAGAAUAAGUUUGAAUGAUAUUAAAGGGCCAAUAAGUUAUGAUUUUGUCAGCUCUCCUGGUGGCUUUAGUAAUUAUUCAUCACCGAAGCUAGAGAAGGAAACACAUAUUCUGGGAAACCAUAAGAAUGGAUCUGAGACUGUGCAUAAGAGGCUUGUGUCUGUCUCAAGCACAAACUCCUCAUGUUCUGAUCAAUCUUCUUCUUCUGCUGCUUCUACCUCAGUUUCUCUAGGAAUGCUCCAAUGCAUGUGGAAGGGUGGGAAACCACAUUUUGUGUUUUCUGUAGAUGAGCGAAAGGAGGUCUAUGUUGCCAACUUGUCCAAGACUGAAUCAGCUGGCAGUAAGUCUCAGGACUAUAUGUACACAUUCCAUUUGAGAAAGGGUAGCCAAAAGGAACAUGAGAUUCAUGAUAACGAGUCACUCCUUGUUGGUAAGAUGAAAGUUUCAACUUCCUUCACCAUCUGCCAGAAUGAUUCUAAAAUUAUGGAGACUCAAUUCACUUUGUUUUCUAGUACUGAAAAUUCUGCUGGGGAGAUGGAAAUGUCAUGUCGUGGCAUAAGGAAGAAUAAGAGCUUAUCUAAGAAGGUGGUGGAAGCGUUCAGAAAUAACCACUCAUCCAAGCAGAUUACACUCUCUAAAUUUGGUGGGUCAAGUGCCAUACUGGAAAAUUCUUCUUGGGAGCCGUUGCAAAAUCUGAGCAAUAAUUUGGAUGCACUUGGUGGGACUAGUCUCAUUGAAAAUGAUCUUCCACCAAAUCUUCAAUUGGCUGCCAUUGUUGUGAAAGAAGGUCUCCCUGCUAGUCGUCAGAAGGAAGGUGGAGGUUGGGGCUUGAAUUUUCUGAAGAAAGUAGGGGUCAAUCAAAGUGCUGAGACUCUAAAAACCUCUGCACCUUCUGUUUCUUGUGCUCGAGAUAGUGAUGAUUGCUCGACAAGUAUGGAUAUUCUAAUUCCAGCAGGUUUUCAUGGUGGCCCAAGAACAAAAAAUGGGGGCCCUUCUGGUCUUAUUGAGAGAUGGAGAUCUGGUGGAUGCUGUGACUGUGGUGGCUGGGACCUAGGCUGCCCACUCACUGUACUUAAUACCAGAUUAAGCAGAAAAGAUGUUUCACCCCAAGUGGAUAUGAAUGAUGAGUUUAAAUCAUUUGAUUUGUUCAUACAGGGCUCAGAACAAGGUGCUCCCACCUUGAGGAUGGUGAAUAUCCGUGAUGGUUUGUAUUUUAUUCAUUUUCAAUCGAAUCUGUCAGCUUUGCAGUCUUUAUCAAUUGCAGUGGCAUCAAUUCAUUCGCAGAGUCCCAGUCUCCGACCUAAAAAUGUACAGAAGUGAACUAGCUGUAUCAAGAAUUGAGGUUUAUGUUGUAGUGUAACUUUUACUGUAUUACAGCCUUGCGUAAGUCUAAAUCUAAAUUUUUAUACACGAAUAUAGGUGCUUAUAGUUUUGUCUUAUAGUUGCAGCUUGCCCAGUGUCAGAUUGUUUUUAGGUUAGUUUCACUGAUUGGAAUUUUUACACUUCAAUUGCCAGAGCAAAAGAACUUGUAAUGUGUUCCUUUUUUGAUUGAAUGAAAGCUGAAUUUGAUACCUAAUUAUCUUAA